UCCCACGCUGAUUUUUCCGAUCCUUGUUUCUCUAUGAUAGCUCAUGGUUGGUCUCUAGCCCUCCCCCACUGCCUUCUCUCAUCUCCAAUAUCCCACUCCUCCUAGUACGCUCUCUUCCUGGAAGGACUACACCUCCCUCCUUUCUCUCCAUGACUCCCUUCGAUCUGAACCAGGCAUGUGUUGUCCCCUCGGAAGAGGGGGACAGAGAUCUAGGUCACCUCCCUACCUCCGCCCUAGCAGAUCGUGCUUCUUCCUUCUCGUGUUCCGAUCUCUUCAGCAGCCGCCAUGAUCAAGGAGCAGAUUAUUGCACGGGCCGUCACGUCCAGCAGCCACUGCAGGAGGCCAGGGAGCUGUUCCUGAGAGCGGGAUCGAGCGAUCGCAUGACACAGCAUCCUGCCGACGCCGACGACGACGAUGCUCUCAAACUCUCUCUUUGCGAUCUGGACAAUAUCACGGAAGAAGAAGGAGAAGACGAAGAAGAAGAAGAAGAAGAAGCGGAUAGGCCCGGUAAAUGGAUGUCCUCCAAGAUGCGGUUUAUGAGGAAGAUGAUGAAUUCCACUCACUUCGUGGUGAGCAAACCGAGAGGAAGCAUGCUACUCUCUGAAGACCAAAGCCAAAGAAGCCAAGGGUUCGGUACAGGCAAUCAAAGCAACGGAAAUGGUAUCAUCAGAAUCUGCAGCGACUGCAACACAACCAAGACUCCUCUGUGGAGGAGUGGGCCUCGCGGCCCCAAGUCGCUCUGUAACGCAUGUGGAAUACGGCAAAGGAAGGCGAGGCGUGCCAUGGCAGCCGCAGCGGCUCUGAACGGCGGAUUGAUCCCCGCCACUGCUCCGGCCAAAGUGAGAAAAGAGAAAAAGUUGGAUAUCGAUCGAACUCUCCCAUUCAAGAAACGGUGCAAGGUUGACGCUUCCAGUGCGACCGCCAAGAAGCUUUGCUUCGAUGAUGUUCAAUUAAGCUCCAACAAGAACACAGCGAUCCAGAAGGUGUUCCCGCAGGAAGAGAGAGACGCAGCGAUACUGUUGAUGGCUUUGUCUUGUGGCCUGAUCCGCAGCUGAGCGUUUGUUUCCUUCCUUAUUCUUGAGUUGUUUUCUCUUAUCAUAAGUGAACUCUAUAUUUGUGCUGGUGUGACUACUAAUUACUUGUGUGUUUGCCAAGUGAGGGAGAACGCAGUAAGUGAGCUAAUAAACUUGUGGAAGAAAUAGGGUUUGCUUGAGAAUAUCAAUACAUUAUUGUUGUUCUUGAGGA